GUCUGGGUGCUCAGAUGCUCUCUUUCUGAUCCCGACCCUUUUCCAGAGCAAAUACAAGUUGCUGCUUUUACAACGGGACCUAUGGUGCAGCGCAUAUGACUGCACCCCCACCGUCAUUGUAAAAAAAAAUGAGGCAUCACUAGCUCAGUUUCUCCCCCCUUCUGCACUCCCAAUAGCUCCUUUAAUCCCAUAGCCUCAUCCCUAUCCCUAGAGCCCUGAUAGAAAUAGGUCAUUCUGCCCAUCUUGUCUGUUCCUAUCAUCUCUAAAAGAGACAUCUAGUCUCAUUCCCACUUUCCACCAGCUCUUGGUCUGUAGACCCUGUUGCUACAAGUGCAGAUCCAAUUUUAUUCUCAGGAGCAGUAAGGAUAUUACUACCCUUUCAUGAAUUGUGUUCCAGACCCCAUCACAUGCACCAAGCCCCUGCACAGAAAAGGAUUCUGUUGCUUACUUUAAAUCUAUGCCUCACUUGUCAUUUGACUUUCUCUGCCAAGGCAAGUUGGAUUAUCUAGAACCCUCAAUUCUGUACAUCUUGAUUAGAUCUUGCCUGUUCCAAAGAAAUCAAACUCAGACUAUCUGAUCUUGUCUCCCAGUUACAAUAUGCCAUUCUGGUAAGGAUCUUGCACUGCACCCUUCCUUAUUGCGAUCACAUCCUUCCUAUAAUGUGGCAAUUGGCACUGCAUGUACUAUCUGUGGUCUUAACUGCUGUUUUAUACAGUUCCUGUUGAAAUUCUUUGCUAGUUGUAGUAGCCAUGGAGUCUCAGUACUGUGUCUCCCUGGCUAGUGUACAGAAGGCUCACAUGGUCAUCUGUGAUGUUGUCCACCAGACGCCAGUCCUCACCAACUCCACCCUGGACAAGCGGGCUGAUAGGAAAAUCUUUCUCAAGUGUGAACUUUUCCAAAAAACUGGAUCUUUCAAGAUCCGAGGAGCCCUGAACGCAGUGUCCAGCCUCAGCGCGAGGAGGCAAAAUGGCGAGGAUGUUCGAGCUGUGGUGACACACAGCAGUGGUAAUCACGGACAGGCAUUGGCCUUGGCUGCUCAAAUGCAAGGGAUCCCCUCAUAUGUGGUUGUGCCCCGAAAUGCCCCGGCGUGCAAAAAGGCUGCCAUACUGGAGUAUGGCGCGCAAAUUGUGGAGUGUGAGCCCAGCGACCAGUCCAGAACGGAAACUGUGUCCAAGGUCAUUAUGGAGACCCAAGGGAUUCUGAUCCACUCUAACCAGGAUCCCCUUGUGAUUGCGGGUCAAGGCACCAUUGGAUUGGAGAUCUUGCAACAGGUCCCAGAUGUACAGGCAGUGGUGGUUCCAGUUGGCGGUGGAGGAAUGAUCUCAGGAAUUGCAGUCGCCAUCAAGACUCAACGCCCGCAGGUCAAAAUCUAUGCAGCAGAACCAGAGAAUGCAGAUGACUGUUAUCGGUCCAAGCAGUGUGGCUGCCUGACCCCCAACGCAAGCCCUCCUGUGACGGUGGCUGAUGGAGUGAAGACCAGCAUCGGGGAGAAGACUUGGCCCAUCAUCAGGGACCUGGUGGAUGAUGUGUUCACUGUCAGUGAGGAAGAGAUUAAGCAGGCAACACGGCUGAUGUGGGAGCGGGCGAAGCUGGUGAUUGAGCCCACCGCUGGCCUUGGGGUGGCAGUGGUCCUCUCCCGCCGGUUCCGAGACCUCCCGGGAAAUCUCCACAACGUCUGUGUGGUGCUAUGUGGAGGCAACGUGGACCUCGACUCUCUUGAGUGGCUACCCAGGCCAGAGGUCGCUGAGUGAGACCACUUUGACCUCUUGGUGAAGCAAAAGGGUGUUUGUGUGAGAGAUGAUGAUCAGGAAAUUGAAGGGGCACCUACAAUGAUAAUCAGUGGGUCAAAGAUAUUAAUUGUUUAAUAAUUACGAUUAGUGGCAUGUGGGAAGUGGAAAUGUGGCAUAACCAGUGUGCUGCUGUAACUCAUGAGCAUCACAGAGACUUGAAUGCAUUAUUCCCCACUCCAAAAUUACAUUUUAAUUUCAUUUUCUUAAGCUUGCUUUAAAGUUUUAAUUUUUGUAUUAGGACUCCUUUAAGGGGCUGUCGCUCUGCAACUUGAUUAAUUGGUUUUAAUUUAAUUUAAUUGUUCAAAAUAAUGUAAGAAGAAUUUCUGAAACUGAGCUGGUAGUGUAUGCU